AUGGAAGCUACACAGAAGGUCGCGAUUACAAUAUGUGGUGAUGGAGGUUGUGGAAAGUCCUCGAUAACGUUGCGACUCGUGCGCAGCCAGUGGACACACGAAUAUGACCCAACAAUCGAAGACUCCUACUCCGUUACGCGCACAAUCGACGGCGUCCACUACUCCCUCGCUCUAACAGACACAGCUGGUCAGGAAGAGUAUCGAGGACUAUGGUCAGCCACGAAUCUCGGCGCGGAUGCGUUCCUACUUGUCUACGACAUCACGCAGGCGCAUUCGCUAGAAGCGCUAGAAUUCUUCAAUCAGAUGAUCGAGAUCGAGCGAGAGACACGGUUAGAGCAAGGCAAAGUCUUGCCAGUAUGCAUAGUGGCAGGGAACAAGUGUGAUUUACAGGGGCUGCGACAGAUCGCUGCGCGAGAUGGAAUGGCAUGGGCGAAGAGCAGAGGAUGUGGGUUUAUGGAGACGAGUGCAAGGGAGAUGGUCAACAUUGAGGAGACGUUUGCGCUGAAACGCGUACGGGAUACGCGACUAGACCACGAGCGAGGCAUCAAUCCGAGCAUGCCAACAGCUACCGGGCGAACGCAGCCACUAGAACCUUUACCAGCAGAAACGGAGAAGGCAGUACCACCUGGUCCCGGUGCACACUCUGAAAGUCGACCGCCGGAUUCAGCACAGCAGCCAAAGAAAAAGAGUUUCUGGUCACGGCUGAAGUGCUGGUAA